GCAUGAAGCCUUCGUCUCACAGCUGCAUGUGUAGUUACUGUCGAAGCAAUGCCUACCUAAUUUGACAGUCGUGGUGUGUUAAAAAAAAUUUUGAGUUUGCAAAUAAGCAUAUUAAGUCUACUGAUGGAGCCUUCGGGCAGUGAACAGUUAUUUGAGGACCCUGAUCCGGGAGGCAAAUCCCAAGAUGCAGAGGCCAGAAAGCAAACAGAAUCAGAACAAAAGUUAUCUAAAAUGACCCACAAUGCUUUGGAGAACAUUAACGUGAUUGGCCAAGGCUUGAAGCAUCUCUUCCAGCACCAGCGCAGGAGGUCGUCCGUGUCUCCCCACGAUGUGCAACAGAUUCAGGCAGAGCCAGAGCCUGAAAUGGAUGUGGAAAGCCAGAACGCGUGUGCUGAGACUGAUGGUGUCCCCACCCACCCCACAGCUCUGAAUCGUGUCCUGCAGCAGAUCCGCGUGCCGCCCAAGAUGAAGAGAGGGACGAGCCUGCAUAGCAGGCGGGGCAAGCCAGAGGCCCCUAAGGGAAGUCCACAGAUCAACAGGAAAUCUGGCCAGGAGAUGGCAAGCGUCAUGCAGUCCGGCCGACCCAGGUCUUCAUCCACUACCGACGCGCCUUCCAGCUCCGCGGUGAUGGAAAUAGCUUGUGCUGCUGCCGCCGCUGCUGCGUGUCUGCCAGGGGAUGAGGUGUCUGCAGAGCGGAUCGAGCGGUUGGAAGUAAGCAGCCUCGCCCAGACCUCCAGUGCGGUGGCCUCCAGCACCGAUGGCAGCCUCCACACAGACUCCGUGGAUGGGACCCCAGACCCUCAGCGCACAAAGGCUGCCAUUGCCCACCUGCAACAGAAGAUCCUGAAGCUCACCGAGCAAAUCAAGAUCGCACAGACGGCCCGGGACGACAACGUGGCCGAGUACCUGAAGCUGGCCAACAGCGCAGACAAGCAGCAGGCCGCCCGCAUCAAGCAGGUCUUUGAGAAGAAGAACCAGAAGUCAGCCCAGACCAUCCAGCAGCUGCAGAAGAAGCUCGAGCACUACCACCGGAAGCUCCGGGAGGUGGAGCAGAAUGGGAUCCCCCGGCAGCCAAAGGACGUCUUCAGGGACAUGCACCAGGGGCUGAAGGACGUGGGCGCCAAGGUGACCGGCUUCAGCGAAGGCGUGGUGGACAGCGUCAAGGGCGGGCUGUCCAGCUUCUCCCAGGCAACCCACUCGGCCGCUGGGGCCGUGGUCUCCAAGCCCAGGGAGAUCGCGUCUCUAAUUCGGAAUAAGUUUGGCAGUGCCGACAACAUCCCCAACCUGAAGGACUCUUUAGAGGAAGGGCAGGUGGACGAGGCGGGGAAGGCGUUGGGGGCCAUUUCCACCUUUCAGUCCAGCCCUAAGUAUGGGAGUGAGGAAGACUGUUCCAGCGCCACCUCGGGCUCAGUGGGCGCCAACAGCACCGCCGGCCUCGCCGUAGGAGCGUCCAGCUCCAGAACCAACACCCUGGACAUGCAGAGCUCAGGACUUGAUGCACUGCUCCAUGAGGUCCAGGAGAUCCGGGAAACCCAGGCCCGACUCGAGGAAUCCUUUGAGACCCUCAAGGAACAUUAUCAGAGGGACUAUUCGCUAAUAAUGCAGGCCUUACAGGAGGAGCGAUAUAGGGAAUCUGACCCGGAAUUUUGCUACUGCUUGCGUGAAGGCAGGCAAAAAACCCUCCUGGUGUUGAUGAGCAAUAAUGCCAUUUGAAAGCUUCUAUUUUAAGGGGAUUGCUGUUCUUUGGAAAUCGGCUUCUGAGACUGUUUGUAUUAAGCCCAGGGGUAUUUUAAAUCGCACUGAGUCAUUAGAGCAGAAGUACAGAAGGAGCCCGUCCCCACGAGCAGCUGUCACACGCUGCGGAGCAGUUGGCAGCGAGGCCCAGUCGGCCAGGCGCCGGCCACUGGACCUAACCAGAGAGGCUGUUGUUAAGUGUGAAUUUAUUUUACUAUCACUGGGCAUAAGACAGAGAUACGGUCAGAUACAGCUGUGGUAGCCCCAUGUUCCUUGGGUUAAACCCAUCUCUCAACUGUCAGUCAAUCUGAGAGUCUGCAGAUGGUAUGCAGACCAGGUUUGGCUGUAAGCUUGAAAUAGAAACUGAAAAUAUUGGCUCAGAUUGGUUCUUCAUUUAUAAGAGGGAAAAAUGCCUGAGAAGUGCACCUAGGAGACAGAGCUUCAUUCAGAGGGUAAGAUCUUGCAUCUAAGAGACUUUUCAUACCGAUGAGCUCCUCCCAGAUUAGCCCCUGGAGAGGUGAUGAAGUGGGAAUGGGAGGGAAGAAGGACGGACGGGGAGGGCGAGCAAAUAAAGCGAUCACUUUGUCAAUUAACAGAGGCUGGACAGGCCUGAAUCAGCUGCCAGUUCCGAUGCUAAUGAGCGCUGGGACCCGGUGUGGCUCACCGAAGCCGUUUCCUCCCUAAAGACAAGGUGCUGGUGUCUAUGGUGCAGGGUUGUGGUGAUCACUAAAGGAGGCAGUGUCUUGGGGGCGGCCAGGAUGGUGUGAACAGUGCCAGGAUAUCAGAAAGUUAUCGUCACCGUCUCCCCCUGUAGCCUUUAUUUAUUCCCUCUGUGCUUGAGGCAUCUGCUGCUUUUCAUCUUUUAAGAUAACGCACUGCCUCUCCUGAAAGCUGGGGGGACUGGCUGUUGUUGAUUGGGGACUGAAACUAUGCUUUUUCCUUUUCAACUGAAGGCUAGUGGAGUCUUUCCUAGCCUCUUUUUGGGCCUCGACAUAACUAAGGGAACACAAGGUAAGGAGGGAAAAUCGGUUUUCUUCCCCCCAGUUCAGCCAGGGGCACCUGCAGGCUCCCACUGCGCGUCCUGUCUCCAGCCGCCCCGCUCCCGGCCACAUCUGCCCAUUCAGGUCCAGCCUGUCAGAAACCACCUCAGGUCUCUAGGACGCCUGGGGAGAUAAUGCACUCACCUGCUGCCGUGGUUGCCUGUUGGUGUCAGUUGGCCUGGGACCUAGUCCUUCCUCUCAAUACCUGUUCCACAAGAUUCUUCAGCCAUCCCGUCCCAGUGACCUGUGCCCAAUCGGGGAAGCCCCACAGGCUCUCAGAGAUGGCUCCAGACUCCUGAGCCACACCCAGAGUGGUGGUGCAUUCCCCAGAGUGGUGGUGCAUUCCCAGCUCUGCGCUCACCCAGCUUUUUCACUCGCCAGGAAUGCGGCCCCAAAGAGCCCUGGCUUGUCUUUGAUCUAGGAAGGUGACUACUGUGUUGACUAAUCCAAUGGAUGAAUUGGACCAGUUUCCAGGACCAGCUGGGAAUUUUCACUUUCCAAGACCAGUAUUCAUUAAUCAUUGUAAACCUGCAGCAGAAUCUAGAUGUCUUUUUGACUGUCUCCUGAUACAAAAUGUUUUUGGUGUUAAAUAAAAAUUUGGAAAAAAAAAAUUUUUUUUUUAAUGUUUUAUUUUAUUUAUUGGACACACAGCCUGUGGGAUCUUAGUUCCCCAACCAGGUAUCGAACCCAUGCUCCCUCCAUUGAGAGCUCAGAGUCUUAACCACUGGACCACCAGGGAAGUCUAAAAUUUGAAAAAAAAAAUUUUUAAUUAAUUUUAAAAUAAAAAAAUAAAUAUCUUGGGGGGAGGGGGAAAGUAGGUUCCCUAAGGGUGAAGAACCCCCCUGGUGAACUUAACCCAGAUGGAUUCUUGUGGUCAGACUAGACUAGACUCAGAUCCUGUUGUUAAAAGCCUGGAAUAAAUUGCUCUGAAUUCCUUUUGGGGAAAAAAAUCUAGAUGUAUUUUAAUACUUUGUAGAUAGAGCAGUUGCAUCUUGGUGGGGAAGAAUUUCACCUCCUCAAAUACAAUAUAAUCUACUUUUUUCAAAAAAGAUCUUUCAGUGUUCAGGCUUUCUGUUUACUAGAUAGUUAAGCUCAAAUCAUAUUUAGCUGUCAACGUUCCAUUUGAGUUGUAAUGAUUUAGGAAGGACUUUUAAGUUAGAAGUCUCAAAAUGAGAUUAUUCAUCUUAUGCUACUUGUGUUCCAUGUUAAAUCACAUGAAAAGCAUGUGCCAGUCGAAGUCACAUACUAGUAGGGUCAAGAACACCCACCCUUCAUGUCCACAGAGAGUUUAAGCAGUGCCAUAUGAAGGGGUUACAAGUCCCUUACAGGGAGUUCUUGAUUUUAAAAAAUAACACAUGAAAGGCUGAUUCACAGUUUACUUUCCCUUUUUUCACCCUCUGCUGGUUUGGCAUUAAUAUUUAAGGAGAGAAUGGAGGUGUUCUUUGUAUGAAUUCCCUAGGUAUCUGACUUCUCCGUUUUAGAAUUCGGACUGGAAGUAAACACUGAAAAAUAAAGGGAGCAAAAGAGUUUAUAAUAUUCAAAAUGGGAGGAGUGGAAAGUUGGUGAGAGUAUUUUCUUCCUUCCUUUCGUUGUUUAGAUUUUUCAUUUGACUAACAGUAUGGAGCGGGGUGGAAGUUAUAAAAAAGACAAUAAUAAAAUCUAAACAGCAGGAAGCAUGAAGCAAGCAAUUCUCAUCCUUCUACACCUCACUAGCAGGGGAAAGUUGUGGCAUUUUUUCCUCAGCCUCCCCUUUCUAAGUUACAUUUCGAAGUACCUCCCAGAGAGGAAGGAGGUGAGGAUUACUGAGCAGUGUCUUGAUGAGUCUCCAAGGAAAACACUGCACAAUAAAAAGGCAUAGUGGGCCAGGUAGCUAUUGUUCUCGUUAUCUUUGCUGGCGUUUUUGAUGUUUCGAUGCUUACAGUGAUUAAUUGGUUAGACUGAACCCUAAACUCCUCCACCCCGCAUGCUCCACCACCCCAAAUAAUACCACAUCAUUUUUUACUGGGCUCUUUGGGCUAGUCUGUUUGCAGACUGUAGUUUCACACGUGGUUUAUGUAAGCCUCUCAGGCUGGAAGCACUGAAAAAAAAUAUUUGAGUGGAAGUGGCUAAGCCUGGUCAGGUUUGUGCUUUUCAAUUUGCAGGUUGUGAAAAGAGCUGAGGGACCAACUUCCCUGCCCCAGGUGGGAAAAUUAGGGAAAAUGUUUUAGUAAUGACAGGCCAGUCGAGUUCUUUCAGGGAACUGAGACAGCCCAGAGGGCGGCAUUGCACGGCACCAGGGGCAUCUUGCCAACCUCUCUGUUCAUCACAUUCGGCAAAAACCUCAAAGUCUAUGGCUUUCUCGUCUCCUCCCUGAUGGUCCCUGCAGAUUGGAGGUGCUUUACUACCGUGGUAACCCAAACACAACUGUUUGUGUGAGUGUGAUAGGAUUUCCACUGCACAAUAACAGCUGCAACUUUUCUGUUCUUUCAGAAAGCCAGCAUUCUCCAGGUAAUUCUUAUGACUUGAAGAGGGGAAACAAACGCUGGUAGUUACUAGUGGAUGAAUUAAUGGGGCCGUUUCAACUGGACCCUUUGUGGGUUUUGCUUCACCCCUGAGUUCUGCAGCUUUGUGUCACCUCAGCAAGGCUCCUAACCUGUCUGUGUCUCGUCUGUUGGGAAAUGGAGCGCUUCUGCUUAUACCAGUGCUACUUGGCUAGUUAGCUACCUGCUAAUAAAGCGCUAUCUUUGGGAGCAAGAGUUACAUUUUCCCAUUCAGGAAGACUCAGCCUGAGGGGAGGUUGCUGUUAAUUCCCAUGUAACUGUGAGUAAAUUGUUCAGCUUCUGAAAGCCUUCCUUUUCAGCAAGGGCAUGGUAACCCAGGGUAAGGAUUAACACUUUCAACUCAACUCUUUCUGGAGGUUUGCAAAGACCCAGUAUAAUUUAUUCGAGAGACUUUGCCUCACACACAUACGUAUACAACACAUACCAUGAAAGGAAGGCGGAUAGGAGAGUUUUUACCAAUUUAAAGGACAGCUUGGAACAGGCCAGCUAGUUCAGUUAGCCAGGGAGAUGGCCGGAGCCGUUGGUGUGCUGGUGCUGGCCCUCCCAAUGAGGAGGCAAGAAGUAAGAGCUUUGUGCCCAGCGUGGAGAAGGACAGAAUGCCUGCCCCAUAAACCCACUUGUGUGAUGUCAUAGGGAAAGCGUGAAUACACAUGAAUAUACUGGGAGUGCUGAAAAUUCUGGAAUAUGUGAAACUGAGAACGUGGAGACAGAUGAAGAAAUGAAGGAUUAAAGAAUCAGAACAGGAAGCCAUGAACAGUGGAGCCAUGUAGCACUUGGGAUCCCGUGGCAAUUGACAGGCAGUCCCCUGGAACCAGCUCACUAGAGCUUGGACCUUUUUUUUUUUUUUUUUGCCAGGCAUUUGUCAUCUAUCUCCUAUGUAAUCCUCACAGCCACCCUUGGGAGGAGACAGACUUCUUAACAGGUGAACAGGGUCACUCACACCGGUGUUCUGCAGAGUCAGGAUUUGAGUCUGAAACCUGGAUGAGCAGAUUCAUAGUCUGGGACAAACUGCAACAGCAUAAAAACAUUUUCAAGUGAAAAAAAGGUACAAAGCAGAAGCAGUGAAGGUGGAGGGCCUUUAGAUAUAAUGUGGGGUGAACAAAAUUCAGUCCUAACAUGGCUUCCAGAGCCUUUGACGUGUUAGUAACCUUUAUAUGACAGACAGUGGUUUAUAAGGUUCGAGUUUGAAACACGUGCUAAAGACUUUUGCACUUACUGUGAUUCAUCUGUAGCAUUAUGUACUCAUCAAUAGUGUUACAUAAUUAUAGAAUCUCCCCUUCUGCAGGCAGGUUAAAAAAAAGUCCGAGGGGCAGCCUCAAGUGUCCUUUAAUAAAUCAUCUUAGCUGUUCAUAGGUGUAAGUAUGCAAAACAUGUUUUGUCACAGCUCAAAACAGCCCAAAAAAGAACCUGAAAGAGGAGAUACCUGCAGGAGGGAACGCCAUGGAAUACUCUCAAGCCAAAGUUGUCAACAUCACGAGGAAAUCCAGUUGAUGAAAGAGACUGAGUAUGAAACAGACCAAACACACGCAACAUUAUACUGCCGGAGGAUAGCAGUGAUAGCUCCAGAGAACUGGGGAAGAAAAACUACACGUAGGCUGCUGUGUCCCACCCGCUUUAUUCUUCAAGGAAGAGGGUGAAAUCAAGAUACUUUCAGACACAUGUAGAUUAAAUUACCUCUUAUAAAGCCUUGCUGAAAGAAAUACUAAAGAAAAAAGAAAAGAACUUAAAUCAGUGAAAGAAAUCAAUGAAGCAGGUUGGUAAACCUUAAGUAGGGGCUUAAAAAAUUAUAUUGGGAAUUCUUAAUGUCUGCAUCAGCUUGGAUCUAAAAUUCUGGGAGAGAAUAUAGGAUUCAAGGGUUGCAUUUCAAAGAAAUAUUAAAGUGUUAAAAAUUUGAGGGGUAAAAAAAGCGUAUCUUAUGUCCUGAUCUGCCUGUCACUCAGCACCUGGCAAGUUUCUGUUCACGUCAUUCCUGUUCCCUUAAAGUGAUGGAUGCUGGGACCUCCCUGGUUGUCCAGUGGUUAGCUCCCACCUCCAGGCUCCGAGGCGUCUUGCCCUUACCUCCUGCCUUCUGUGCCUUCCCCCGGAAUAGAACACAGGCUCAUCUUUACAAAUAACACGAGGCGAGAGAGAGAGUGAUACUGACAGAUGUGUGGGCAGUCAAGACUUGACCAAGGUUUGGUUCUAUGGAAAUCCAUGGGAACUACCUCUUAUUGCUGAAGGCAGGUGUCGCAAGUAAUUAGCUGAGAGAGGGACUUGGUGUGAGUGAGGAGUUCCUAGGUUUUAGUUCCGUUUUAGAUGGAUAGCUGCAUCUGUCUAGCAGUGAAAACAACUCUUAAGAAAAAUGAGACCCUGCCCCUGGAGGUGUUCACAGAGAGAUUCCUUGUCAGGGCUGUUGUAGAAAUAGUUCCUUGAUGGAAAGAGAUUUAACAAGGCUUCCUCUGUUCCCUAGAAUUUAAGAUUCUUUAUAGUCAGGAAACUAAUUUUUUACCUUUCAAACAAUACUUUAUUUGUGGUGUAUUUCUCUUUGUAACAUACUGAUUUUUAACAACUCUAAAGGGGAAAGGAGGGAGGUAUGUGAAAUAGUGAUCCUCUUAGAUACGUGUAAAAUAGGGUGUGAGAUACUGGAUUUAUUUUAUAGUUAGCACAAUGAUGUGGAGUGCUGAUGAGUCUAAAAUGAGACUGAGGCAUGAAUCAGUCACCACGGGAAAUACUUGGUUAGUUAGAAGGUUUUCAGAUUCCCAUGAAUUCUUUUCAGGGAGCAAGUAUUCACUUGAUACCUUCUUCAUUAUGAACUAGAAACAUUUUCACAACAGCCACUGUGUUCUUAGUAGACUGAAGAUGGAAAGAAGAGAAACGCAUUUUUUAACACCUGUGUAUGCAAACGAAGGUUACAAGGUAGAUUAUUAACCUCAGUUUACAGAUGAAGGAAUUUGCUGUGUAAAGUGAGCUGACCUGAGACCAUGAAACUUUAAGAGGUAGAAUUCUCAAAGGACUCACACCCAAAUGCUCCUGGCUAUAAUACCUAUAGUCAUUUUUCCCCAGUGUUUAUUAUAAAACUUUCAAACACACUGCAGACUUGGGGAAAAAAAGUGUACCAUGAACUCCCAUACUAUUAAUGUAUUGUUUUAUUGUAUAUCUUUCCAUCUGUCCAUCCUUUAUCUGUUGUUGUUGUUGUUUUGAUGCAUUUCAAAGUAAACUACAGGCAUCCGUAGUCUUUUUUUAACAGCUUUAUUGAGAUAUGCAAAUCAGUGGUUUUAGUAUAUCCACAGAUACAUGGAGCCACCACCAUAAUCAGUUUAGGACAUUUUUAUCAGUCUACAAUCUUCUGUACCCUGCCCCAGCCCCUGGCAACCAUUAAUCUUUCUGUCUCUCUAGCUUUGCCUAUUUUGAAUAUUUCAUACAUGUGGAAUCGUACAGUUUUCAGUUCUUCCUUACUGGCCUCCUUCAUUUAACACAUUUUCAAGGCUCAUCCAUACUGUAGCGUGUGUCAUUACUUCAUUUCAUCCUCUUUCCCAAUAACAUUGCAUUGUAUGAAUAGACCACACUUUAUAUAUCCACUCAUCAGUUGAUAGACAGUGGGUUGUUUUCACUUGGGGCCAUUAUGAAUAAUGCUUCUGUUAAUAUCUGUAUACGAAUUUCGAGUGGAAGUUAGUCUUCAUUUGUCUCUGGUGUACACUUGGAGUGAGAUUUCUGGGGCACAUGGUAACUAUGUUUAGAGCUCCAAACUUAUUUUCCAGAGAACAGCUGCACCAGCUGUUUACCAGGGUUUGAAUUUCCCCACAUCUUCACCAACACUUGUUAUCAUCCUCUUUCCUAUUCUAGGUCCAUAAUCUUUUUAUUACACUCUUUAUUACAUCCUCCUGUUGACUCCGCCUUGACAUAAAGCUUCAAAACCAUCGGUCAGUGUGGUAGUAUCCAGGCCCCUUUGGAGCUAUGUGAUUUGAAUCCACUUUAGACCUGACUCACUGUUCUUAUGAAGGGAAUUCAUCUGGGCUUCUUGAAUGGUUAAGAAAUCGGGCUUUAGAGUCAAACCUACCUGUAUUCAAGUCCUUGCUCCCCUACUUAAUUUCUCUGCCCUUGGGCAAAUUUCUGUAUCUCUCCAGCUUCAGCUUCAGCUUCCUCAUCUGUAAAGUAAAGGUAUUACCUACUGUCUUCUUGGGGCUGUGGAAGUUAAUUUACAUAAUCCAUGCUAAAUCGAUUCAGCUAAGUCGCUCAGUCUUGUCUGACUCUUCGAAACCCUGUGGUCUGUAGCCUGCCAGGCUCCCCUGUCCAUGGGAUUUCUGAGGCCAGAAUACUGGAGUGGGUUACCAUGCCCUCCUCCAGAGAAUCUUCCCGACCCAGGGAUCAAACCUGUGUCCCGUGCGGCUCCUGUGUUGCAGGUGAAUUCUUUACUGCUGAAGCCCCAAUUUACAUCAUAAGCAUUGAAUAAAUGCUUAUGGCAGCUGCUGCUGCUCUCACUUUUUAAUCUAUUCUAAUGGUAUUUGUGAGCCAGGUUUAAUGUCAGAUGAGCGUCUCUAACUUUCCUGGAAAGCCUGAAAGACCAUACAGCUUGUGGGCUGAGAGACGGAGGUGGCAGCCCAUGGAACACACGCCAGAGAUGUCACCUGAGUCUGCCGCCUCAGCAUGCAGGCCGGUUGUCACCACCACCAGGCUCCCCUCCCCCGCCACCCCACAUCAGGCCUAGCUUAGAGUUCUUUUUUGCCAGCCAAGCCCAGCUCUUCCCCUCAAAGGAACUGACACAGUGGAACACCCCAUUUUUAAAAAGCCUCUAGCCCCUCUGUGGUGAGGGGAGAGAAUAAUGAAAUCAUCCAACACUGACAACACCACACACAGUGGGUUUAAUAGGACGGUCAUAAAAAGACAGUACAUUAACCUAAUCUCGUGGCAUUUGUUGAACUUAAAACAUGAUGGAAAAUCAGCUCCAGAGGUGGUACUGUUUCCAAGUGUAUGGCAAGGCCUACAGAUGACGUGAAAAGGCAGAGUCCCAGAGAACCCGCCCGAGUCACAAACACAAAGUGGAGACCUUGAUCAGUUGUCACUCCAGUGACGGUUUUGGUGGGCAAGAAAGCAGCACAGAGAUUGUUAUCAAGGACGCAGGAGAACUAAAUAGGAGUCAGUAAUGUAGCAAAGAGAGUCAGCUGGACCUUUAUUUUUAAUCUGUGUCUCAUGGAGAAGGAAUGGGGUUUAGGAUCUAAUUAUUCAUUAUAUAAUUAUUAGAAGGGAGAAUGUUGCUGAUGCCGCCACCACAUAAAGAUGAGCUUGAACAGAAAACGUCCAUGGAUUCCUUAAAAGUUUGUGUACCGCACAUCCGGUUAAACCACGAGGAAGGGGGGGGGGGGGUAGUUUAAAUGUUUGAGUUCUGACAUUUCUGUUUUUUAACACGAAGUUUGCUGAGACUUGCAUGCCAGUGUUAGGCGUAUGCUUGCCUGAGAAGCACCCAGUCGUUGCAUCUGUGGGGAAUUGUAGAAGGGUUCUAGAACCCAGGCACACCCUCCCGUAUGGUGGAACUCACACCUAGAGUACAUACAAGACCUCAUACAGUGUAAAUGCUCUGUAGAUAUUUGCUGGCGCUCAGUAAAUGCACAUCUUACGUUUUAGAACUUGAUGGAAUUGUUGUGUUUUUUUUUAAUACUUUCUAUCCGAACCUGGUAGGACCUGAAGGAUGUAGAUCCCCAACUGUGUAUCCUCCUUUUGGGGUGAGCCCUCUGUCUGACCGAGAGGCUUCCGCUGUAGUCACCAUCAGCUAAAGCUGUGUGAUUCCUCCCUUUCGGGGCUUCUUACUGUGUAGUCUUCAGCCUUUCCCCUACCUACUUAGCCCUUUCCUUUUUUUUUUUUUUAUUCUGGGGGGUUCCUGGAACUCAACCCACAACCUGCCUGAAGCUUCACCAGUAGCAGACAGCCCUGUGUUCCUCAUGUCAGCCUUCCCCCUCAGCAUCUGCUUUGGGUCCAUGUACUGUCUAUUCCAGAUUCCCACUGCCUUCCCUGCCUUUUAAGGGCAGAUUUCCUUUUUUUUUUUUAAUUCAUUCAUUUAUUUUACUUUACAACAUUGUAUUGGUUUUGCCAUACAUUGACCUGAAUCUGCCACGGGUGUACAUGUGUUCCCAAUCCUGAACCCCCUCCCACCUCCCUCCCCAUCCCAUCCCUCUGGGUCAUCCCAGUGCACCAGCCCUGAGCAUCCUGUAUCAUACAUUGAACCUGGACUGACGGUUCGUUUCACAUAUGAUAAUUUACAUGUUUCAAUGCCAUUCUCCCAUAUCAUCCUGCCCUUGCCCUCUCCCACAGAGUCCAAAAGAGUGAAGUAAGUCAGAAAGAAAACUACCAAUACAGUAUACUGACACAUAUAUAUGGAAUUUAGAAAGAUGGUAACGAUAACCCUGUAUGCGAGACAGCAAGAGAGACACAGAUUUCCUUUUUUUCCCCCCAAAUGUUCCUGUUAAUUCAUAUAUUUCUACCUCCCGCCCUUUACCUGGGUUCUUUGUCCAGUCUCUGAUCUCUUCCUUUUAAAUGGUUCCAACCCCACAGAUCCAUAGAUUGCCUGCCCAGGUACCGUCUUCAUGUAGAAUGAAUCUCUUCACGUGAAUCCGAAGUGCUAGCGGUAAACCAAAUGAGCAAAAUGGUCCCUGCUCCUGAGGAACUGUCUCUCUGUGCAUUCCCCCACUUUUCUGCUCAUCUGCAGCCAGUGUCCCUCCUUUCUGUUCCUAACACCUGCCACGCUGAUUCUCAUCUCAAGAGCUUUGUACUUGUUUUAAGAUGCUUCCUUCAGCUUGAAGAUACUCUUCCCCUCACAUCUUCACGUGGCUUGUUCGUGUCAUCACCCAGGUCUCAGCUCUCGGGGCUGGGAAAAGGCCUUCCCUGAGCAGUCCGGGACUGCCAGGCGCACUGCCGUACCCCAUCCUGGUCUUCUGUGGCUCACCUCCCCGUGCCUGCAGUCGUCUUGGGUUUUACUGCCUUGCACCACCACUGUAGAAUGUAAACUCCUGAGGGCAGGCGUCCGGUCUUGCUUAUUACCACAGCGUUCUCAGAACCUUGAACAAACCGGGCACACAGCAGGCGCUCCGUAAACGUCUGUGGACACUGUGCCGGGCACUGUGCCUGGCAGUAGGGAUGGUGGGCUCUGAAUGACGAACGUCCAGGUGAGUGAGUGACCUGCGCCGGCCGGAAUAAGCUCCUGGUGAUUGCUGGAAGGUCAGUUUCCAUUUGCGUGCUGUGUAUCUUCUGAUGAGACUGCUUAAUGUCCCUCGGGUUUUUGCCUCUCCCAUAUGCCGCUCAGGGCAGAGUAAGAACGGCCUCAUUUGUAAUGGGUCUGCUCAAAGCUAACCAGGGCUGCUGGCCUUGCUGCAAAUACCGUGUGUUGGAAGAAUGUGGAAGAGCCAUGCUGCUGCUGGGGUACGGCCUUGUGAGAAGCUGUCCGUCCCAGGGACCGAGAGCUGUGCCCACUAGCAUGCCCUGUUACCCCAGGCCACUCACCCGAUUUCUCUGUGCUUUCAUUUUCGUCCUUUGCAGAGUGGGUUUGGGGGGCUGGAUGUGAAUAAUAACCAACAGAAAUACAGAAUGUGUGAA